AUGACUUCUUCUGGUCUUCCAUCCGACACUCUUGAGACACAUCAAAUGGCAGACCACCGUCGACGAUCCAGUGAGAUCAUCCCCGUGCAGGAUGUUACCGUUCCAGCGCAUCUGCUUCGGGCUACGGGUACCCUUGGGUCCAAACGCGACAACACGCAUACUACACAUACAGGAAACUGGGAACCACAAGCAGAGAACCCUUUCCUCGACCCUGAACGAAUAGGAAGCAUCCGUCGCCGUCCAACUCAAGAUUCCGGUAGCCUUCAGCGCAACGGUACCCAACGGUCUAUCAACCUUGAACGUACGGGAACGCAUGGUGAACGAAGGAGGAGUAACCGAUUCUCUUGGUUCAGUAACAAUGGUGCAAAGAGAAACUCGCAGCACAGCGGGGUACUUCCAUCACCAACUGAGGAGAACCUAAGACCCUUCCGGACCCUAUCCUACAUCCAAGGGUCAACCGACGUUCUAGCUCUGAGCCCUCGAGGAAGUCGUGCACCAUCACCAAGUCCCACCGCAUCUACGAAGUGGUCCAAUGACGACCCAUUCGCCACAAAGCCCAGCUCAAUCCGAAGCAACCCUUUUGCUACGGGCAACAACUCUGUCCGAACAUCAAUGGACUCCCCCGAGGAACCUGAAGCUGCACACCACGCCGGUCGUCUGCGGAAAAACACUCUACAGUCUGUUGUCGAUGGCAUGGUACCCGAUGCUUUGAAGCGAAGCAUGACCAAUGCAUCCUACUUCAAGAGGAGUGAGAUGUUUGGCACCUACGAGAAGGCGAAGAAGAAGGGAGCAGAGAUUCAACGAAAGAAGUGGGUGCAACUCACUUUUGAGUAUGCCAUCUAUGCCUUCCUGAUACUCUUCGUCUACUUCGUCCUGAUCGGAGUUCCACUUUGGAAUGGUGCUGUGUGGUGGCUCUACUGGGUCGUGGAAACUAAGUUCGUUAUCGCCGGUGGUUUCGGUAUCGUGCUUGGAAUUGCGCUAUUCUACGCGUUCGCGCCUCUGCUCAUUCUGUUCGAGAAGGAUCCACCGCCCGCCGACUUCACGACAGAGACCAAGUUUCACUCCAAUGUUGACGAUACAUGCCUCAUGAUCCCAUGCUACAAAUCUGCUGGACUCAUUGCCAACACACUCGAAGCUGCCUUGAAGAUCUUCCCUCCAUCGCACAUUUUCGUCAUCGCCAACGGAAAUAGCCCGACGCCACUCGACAAUACGGAAGAGGUCUGUCGCCCAUACGGCGUGAACCACAUCUGGUCGCCUAUUGGAUCGAAGAUCGUUGCUCAAUUCGUUGGUUGCUACGCUGCGAAAGCGUUCAAGAAUGUUUUGCUCAUUGACGAUGACUGCGCACUGCCUGACAACUUCCCUGUUGUUACUGAGCGGUUGAGUGGCAAGGUCAUGUGCAUUGGUUACACCAUCAAAUCUGUCGGACCAAACUCAUCGAAAGGCAACCUUUGCCAACAAGCUCAGGAUCUCGAGUACAAGCUCAGCGGCAUUCAGCGUGAGUUUGCUGGCAAGGUCGGUUCCGCUACCUUCCCACACGGAGCCAUUUCCCUUUGGGACCGUGAGUUACUUGUCAAAACUUUCCACGAGCAUCCAGGCUUUAGUGUAUCAGAAGACUGGUUCUUUGGUCACGUCGCUCGCAAACUCGGAUGUCGCAUCAAGAUGUGCUCGCAAGUCUUCGUCGAGACCGAAACACCGACCGCUGUCUUCAUCUCUGGUGGUGGUUCUCGUGGUGGUUUCGGCGAGAUGACCAUUUUCUCGCAACGUUUCAAGCGCUGGAAUUUCUUCUUCGUCAACGGCAUGUACUACAAUAUGGCAUACAUUUUCGGUAGCUGGAAGCUCGGUUGGUGGGAGAUCGGCGCAAAGAUUUUCGUCUUCCAAGAGGUCUACGAAACUCUCCUCUACCUACUCACACCUUUCAUCCUGCCUAUCUCGUUCUACGUCCGCCCCUCGUUUUGCGGUUACCUUCUCGCCGCUACGAUCGUCAUGUACCUCAUCAACACCAUCAUCUUCAACGAAGUGCACCUCCGCCGCAAGAACGAGCGCGUUGGCUGGCAGCUCAUGUACAUAUACUACCUGCCCUAUAAGCUUGUCUUGACUGUUAUCAACGUCGCAAGCUGCUACUGGUCACUAUACAAGUACGCCAAGUACUUUGCCAAGCGUCACCCAAAGGUCAUUGAGGACGACAAGGCUGUUGAGGUUGUCAUUCGUCUUGAGGAAGAGAAGACAAACCCAGAGUGCGGUCUCGGCAGACGCAUGACUGUGCGCACCAUCGAUACACGAUCCCGCGCCAGCGUGGAUGAGGGUAGACGCUUAUCAUCUGAUGCCAUCGAGGUUGGAGGAGCUUCUUACGCAAUUGUCACGGAGCCUGAGGAUGUUCACUCUCCUGGCCUACGUCAUGCUCCCUCUCACCAAGUCAGCACGACAAGGCCCAGCAGUCCUCUGCUACAGAGUGAGGGUAUCGUUACAAGGGACUACUUCGAUGUAGCGCAGGAUGCGAACAUCGAUAUCGAGAAGCAGAACAAAAGGACGAGCCGUUUGAGUGGUUGGAGUCAGAAGUCACAGCGCAAAGACGCUUACUAA